CUUAUAUAUCAAUGAGAACCAUUGCAUUAACUAAUUAACUCGAUUCAUUAUUAUUGAGAUCCACCUGUAACUAACAACGCGAAUAAAUUACGAAUUGACUUAUCAGCCAUGGAGCGUAUUUUUUUCUCUUUCUUCAUAAUAUUUAUCAUCUCGACUUCCUUGGUGAAAUCCCAGUUCGUCGCAGUGGAGUCCAAAGUGAAGCUUCCCAAAGCGAAACACGGAAGUUGCGCUGUUUAUGAUGGCAACGACUCGAUUUAUAUUUUGGGAGGUUACAGCAUCGACACUCCGCAGUCGUCAGAGAUCUACAAAUACACAAUCUCCUCUGACAAUAUCGCCCAAAUUGGGGAACUGCCUCUGCCCGUUUUCGAAAUGUCAGCGUCGAUCGAUACCUCCGGGAAUAUUUACACUCACGGCGGGAUGAUUGAAUUUAUACGUGAAAACGGAACAAUUGGUCACGUCUCAUUGACAGAAAUUUAUAGAUUUGACCCUGUCGCCAACACUACCAGCAGAGUUGCAGACCUUCCCGCACCUAAUCUCGAGAUGGUCUCAAUUCCUGGAGACAUGCCAAACACGGUUUAUAUUCUCGCCGGACAUCAUGAAAGAGAAGCCAUCGUUCUGUUCAAUAUGACCGAUCUCACAGUAUCCAGGAUUGCAAAUUUGCAAAAAGCUUACUGGUUCAUGACAGCAGUUUCUUCCGGGGACGGUUUUGCCUUCAUAUUUGGAAAUGAAGACGACAACAUCGCACCGACUUAUCCGGUGGCAAAAGUCAACUUGAAUACGCGACAGGCAAGCUAUGGACCUCCCACAUUUCCAAGAUUGCUCGGAAUGCCAGCGGCCGUAUGGGAUGGAAAAUUUGCUUAUAUCAUUGGCGGAUAUGGAAACAUAUCGGCGGGUUAUAACACAGACACGAUAAUUCAGUUUGACCCAAGCACCCUUGAAAAUAAGGUUAUAACGGUGGCCAAUUUUCCCACGAAUGGUAACCCGGAAUUAUUUUUUGCAUGGACGAGCGCCGUUUAUGUGCCAAAGCUGCAUCGUAUUUAUAUAUUUGGCGGGAUUAACAGGGGACUAGACGGGUGUGUCGUUGCCGAUUGUACGACUUGGCGUGAUGGAAUUUGGUACAUCGAUUUGCCUCAAUCUUCACGAGCGGCUAUGCUCCCAAGUAUUGGGUACAUUUUGUUAUCGUGUACUAUUCUUGCAGUGAUGAUAAGUACUAAAAUGCAAGUACAAUAUUAAAUUCACUAUUAAUUCACAGCUAUUUACUGUAUGAACAGAGAGGGUAAAGCAUGAACUUAAAUAAAUCUGGAUUACUUUUAAUCAUUA